UUCUUCAUCGCCGUCUGCAAAAACCCCCAGAAAUCUCAACGAGAUCCAUCGAUUUCACAGAGAAAAAAUGAAGGUUGUUGCCGCGUUUUUGCUCGCCGUGUUGAGUGGCAAAGCUUCACCAACCAGUGGCGAUAUCAAGACUAUCCUCGGAUCAGUUGGUGCGGAGACAGAGGAUUCUCAGAUUGAGCUUUUGUUGAAGGAAGUGAAAGGGAAAGACUUGGCUGAGCUAAUUGCUGCUGGAAGGGAGAAGUUGGCUUCAGUACCUUCAGGUGGUGGUGGUGUUGCGAUGGCUUCUGCUCCAUCUGCUGGUGGAGGAGGAGGUGGUGCUCCUGCGGCUGAGUCCAAGAAAGAGGAGAAGAAGGAAGAGAAGGAAGAAUCAGAUGAUGAUAUGGGUUUCAGUCUGUUCGAGUAAGAUGGUAAUUCUGGUUUUGUUGCCAUCUCUUUUUGUAUUGUAACCUUUUGAUGAAAUAUCUAUAUGUUGUUGUUGUUGUUGUUGUUGUUGUUGUUUUAGUUUGUACUCCAUCAUCUUCUUAGACAUUACUUGAAUUCUCAAGAGUUUUUGACC